AGGGUACACGUUAACAAAGCAAUAAUAAUAUGAAUUGAAUGAAAAUGUAAAAACGUUGAACGUAUACUUGCGCAAAUCGUAUAAAUGAAGACCUCCGCAUGUUGGGCUAAUUCAUCGCAGCGUCGUACUUCGAGUGUUCUGGCAACACGAUCGAAUUCCACGCGCGCCGGAACGAGUUAACCUACAUGCAAAAAUAUGUUCUCGCCAAGAGACUCGGGUAAAUCAGAUUACAUUAGUUUAAAUAUUCAUGAGAGCGGGUCGUUUGCACGGGGCACCUCACGGAGUUUAUGGAGGCAAUGGAACCAGUUGUCCAGAUUUCAGAGAAAUAUCCUAUACUUUGCGAUAAUCACAGUUCUACUUGUAAUAUUUUAUCUCCUGCCUAGCGAAACCAAAGCUGGUACCUCUGACAAUGAGGUAGAUUAUAGUAAUGUAGAAGGUGCACAAGAAACUGCCAAGUAUGAGAAGGCAGUAGACGAAGUUGUUGUAGAUAAUGAAGAACAGGGUGCUGGGCCUGGUGAAGUAAUUGAAGAACCCGAGUUUCAACCAGAAAUCAAUCAAGUUGAUGAUGAUCAAAUUGGUGAACCGCCACAACCAAAGCCAAACAUCCUGAGAUUUAGUGGCCCGCAAAAUAGUAGGCAAGAAGCUGUUGUAGCGGCGUUUAAGCAUUCCUGGAAUGGGUAUAAAAAGUAUGCGUGGGGUCACGAUAAUGUCAAACCGAUAUCAAAGAGAUAUCACGAGUGGUUUGGCUUGGGCCUUACUAUAGUUGAUUCAUUGGAUACUUUAUAUAUAAUGGGAAUAUAUGAUGAAUAUUCGAGAGCGAGGAAAUGGGUGGAAGAUAAUUUAGUGUUUACAAUGAAUAGAGAUGUUAAUUUAUUUGAAGUUACAAUUAGGGUAUUAGGUGGUUUAUUAGCAGCGUAUCAUCUCUCUGGUGAUAUACUCUUUUUAAAUAAGGCUAUGGAUUUAGGUGAUCGUAUGAUGCCAGCAUUUUCCACUAGAUCAGGUGUUCCAUAUUCCGACGUGAAUCUUGGCACUAGAAGUGCUCACAGUCCAAAAUGGGGUCCUGACAGUAGCACGAGUGAAGUUACUUCUAUUCAGUUAGAGUUUCGUGAUCUUAGUCGUAGUACGGGGCAAUCUAAGUUUGAGACUGCAGCGGCAAGAGUAUCCGAACAUGUACAUAAAUUAGAGAAAUAUGAUGGUUUAGUUCCAAUCUUUAUUAAUGCUAAUACUGGGCAAUUUCGAGAGUACGCUACGAUUACGUUAGGUGCUCGCGGUGAUAGUUACUACGAAUACUUAUUGAAACAAUGGUUACAAACUGGAAAAACUAUAGACUAUCUGCGCGAUGAUUACUUGUAUGGCAUUGCUGGCACGCAGAAGCAUCUCGUUAAGCGUACCGCGGUUAAUAAAUAUCUUUUCAUCGCUGAAUUGGUCGGUGCGAAUAAAGAAAUUAAACCGAAAAUGGAUCAUCUGACGUGUUAUUUAGGAGGUACUUUAGCGUUAGGCGUGCAUCAUGGAUUGCCGCAGGAGCACAAUGCUCUUGCGGAAGAACUUGUUAAGACUUGUUAUCAAACGUACGCGAUCCAGCCAACGUUCCUCGCACCUGAAAUUACUUAUUUUAAUAUACAAAAAAUGGAGGGUGAAAAUCAAAUGGAUAUGUAUGUUAAAACGAAUGACGCUCAUAAUUUACUAAGGCCCGAGUUCAUUGAAAGUUUAUUUUACAUGUGGUAUUUUACGGGGAAUAAAACGUAUCAGGAUUGGGGUUGGCAGAUAUUUCAGGGUUUUGAAAAUUAUACCAAAGUCGAAGGUGGCUACACGAGUAUCGGUAACGUCCGGAAUAUUCAACACACUCGUCAGCAAGAUAUGACGGAAAGUUUCUGGUUCGCCGAAACUUUAAAAUACUUGUACUUGUUAUUUGACGACACUAGGCAAUUGAUAGAUUUGGAUAGGUGGGUGUUCAAUUCGGAAGGUCAUCCGUUACCGAUAUACGAAUCGUAGCGCAGUAGAAGCAAAAUUGUGUAUACAGUGAGUCCAGAUUUUUUUUGCACUUUUAUAAAAUUAUUUUUUAAAUGUCCAACUUUUUUUAUCGUGUUUCUUUAAUGGAAUUUUCUGAACACUCACAUUUUGUUUAAAUUGUGAGAUUAAUUGUAAAAUAUUCUUUUUAAAAGAAAUCAUUAAUUUAUGGAAUGAUACAGUCAAUUUCUACUGCUCUAAGGUCAUUUAAAAUGUUUAUUUUUUUUUUGUAAUGAUAUAUGCGAAAUGUCUUUUAUAUUCAUUUUCUUACGUUAUAAAUAUCCAAUCAUGUAAGUAGUAAAAUCAAAGUAAAAAAGAAGUUAGUUUAGUUCAGAAGAAAAUAAUUAAAUAGGGGAAAUAUAAAAUUGUAGAAAUUGACUUUAAAGAUUAUAAAUAACUGCAAAAUAAGUUGCUUUAUCAUUGGCCAAAUACGACUUCAAAUAAUAAACAAAUAUGCAACAUUAGCUGCGCCUACCAAAGUAUCGAACCUACCUAAAAUGUUGAUUAGAUACUAUUACUAUUUUAGAUGCUCAAAUAUCACUUUUGAGAAUGUAACUGUUAACUUUUAAUUAUAAGAAUCUUAGCACCUACUGUACUUAUCUAUUUUUUGAAAUUUUAGUUUUGCAAUUUUAAUUUUGUGCAACGUUACUCUCUUUUAGGAGAGAUGUAUUUACAAUACAUAAAAAAAAUGAAUAUUAUUAUUUAGUCUUACACCUUCACAUUAAAUUCGUACGUUGUAAUAUUACAAAACUAAUCUAGUCCUCAUCUAUGAAUAAAUUUUAAUAAAUUACACAA